UAGCUGUACGCUUGUGCUUAGGGAGAUUCAAGUACGAUUCAAGUUACGUAACGUGCUCAGAGCAACGUUGGGCGGACAGUUUCGCUUCGCCCUUCGAGUGCGAGAUGUCAGCCUCAUGACGUCACUGAGGCAUUGCAUGACGCAUUUUUUUUCGCACCGCGAACACGAGGGCAUAGACGAGGAGUUAAAAUAGGUGAGGGCAGUAGGCGACUGUUGCAAGUGUGUUUAGGCCGUUCUGCCACAACUGGGUCGAUGUUUCAGUAGUUUCAAGGAGUGUUUACUGUAUGCUGUACGAAUCUCCUCUUCAUCAUUUGUGACAGUCCGCAUUAUUCUAUGCAGUCCGUUUUGCGGUUGCAGUGUUGUGCGAGCGUUUCGAUCAGCCAACUUUAUUUCAACUGCAAACGCUGGUUUUAGCGUAGAAUGUCGGAAGCGCUAACGAAUCAUUCGUGGAGACCCGUGAAUCGCAAUCUGUAGGCUGUAAAUGUGGACCAAAGGUGAUGCUGCAAGGUCAGCGGUCUGACACAGUGUCAUCUGUGUGCACAAGUCAUCAUGGUCUCCCCCAUGACACCAGUGUUCACAGAGUCUCCGGAGGCUUUGGUCCCCCUGUACGAAGAGCCACCCGGGAGCCUGGACGAACGGAGGGUAGGGAGACGCCUCCGCCGCCUAUCCCACCGCGUGCCCCCGUGGUGCGGAUUGGCAGCACGUAUGCCUCUCACUGUGCUGCUCCUCUCUCCUCCUUCUCGAAGCCUCCUCCUCUCCCUCCUCAGGGUUCUUCAGCCAGCAGUGCGGAUGACGUGCACUGUUCAAUGACCCUCCUGGAGCGUCUCAUUCGCACCAGCAGUAUCUGGUUUCUGCCAGAUGUGGGCCGUACUGGUGCUGUGCAUUACUUGCAAGGCAAGGAAGUCGGGAACUUCAUAGUACGCCAGUCCAGCAAGAAAGGCACUCUGGCUCUGUCCGUGCGGCUUCCUGUUGAUGCGGGGCCGUACAUCGAGCACUACCUCAUUGAAGCCACAACCGAUGCGAAGCACUGCCUGGAAGGGUCCGAAAACCAUUUCGCCUCAAUACCUGUGCUCAUCUGCCACUACUGCCAGUGCUGUGAUGAAUUACCUGUACAGUUAUGCCUCCCAGUGGUUUUGCUUGAGGCAACUACACGGCAGGAGCUGUCUGCCUUGUCACUCCUGGGCCAAGAGUUGUGGGUGUCAAGCUUGCUCAAGUCUGCUCCGUCAAGUGUGGGGUCCAGCACGUCAUGUGCCUCUUCUCAGGCGUCUCCCAACCCAGACCAUAAUGCUAAUGUCCAUGUGUCAAGUUUUAAGAAGACCACGCCUGCCAACCCAGUGGUCACCUCUCCUGUGGCUGCAGUGAGGCCAAACUUCCUAGCACUUCAGAGUUCCACAGCUGACAUUGGUGAACUUGCAACUCAAGUGCCUGAUCCCCCUUCCCCACCUGCAGAAAGUGAGGCUGGCCUUGUGUCCGAAGUGGCUGGCAGGUCAGCAUUUUAUGUAGGUGUGGACUUAACUCAAAGUGAACCUAGCAAGACUGCACCUAGCAAGACUGCACCUAGCAAGACUGCACCUAGCAAGACUGCACCUAGCAAGACUGCACCUAGCAAGACUCCACCUAGCAAGACUGCACCUAGCAAGACUUCACCUAGCAAGACUUCACCUAGCAAGACUUCACCUAGCAAGAUUGCACCUAGCAAGGCUGCACCCAGCCAAGCUGAACCUUGCAAAUCUGCACCUCUAAAGUCUGCGCCCAACAAGAACAAGCCGUCUCCUCCAGCGGAGGAGGAAAAGCCUCGGUGCCUCAUGAAGCCAUCACCACGCAGGCGGCGGAAACUCCCAGAGUCUUCACCUGAAACUUACUACUCCAGCAGUCUCGCAGACAAAAUCAGCGACUACGAGGACAUUUGGGGCACAACCAAUGGGCGUGGGAGCGACAGUCCUGCUCCUGUACUCUCCACAUUUAAGCCAGAAGGUCUUGUGUGCCAGUCCACGCAGACAGAAGUACACGGUGGCUCCUUGCCCGAGGGAAUCGAUGUUGCUGGACAGAUACGAAGCUUGUCUCGUUCUAUGCCCGGCAUGGUUAAGGAUAAAGCCCAGCAAGGCCAGUUUUCUAGCCCUUUCUAUAGUGAACCGGUGGACUCGCUGUUCCUUGUAGUGUCAUCUGCAGUUGAACCACUGCAGAUUGAUGAGGUGUCACCAUCUGCAGCAGUACAUCGAGAACGACCCUUGAUGCGGCAUUCGGAACCUAAUGUUCACUCUUUGCGAAGCAGUACGCAACGUUCUUCUGACCUGACCACCACAUUUGACGAUACAAACUCAUGCACUUCGGACCACUUGUUGGCAGUGUCUGCGCCAGCUUUGCAUGAUAACUCAGGUGAUGGACCUCCAAGUCGUUGUGGCCGGUCUUGGUCGGUAGACCCCUCUUGGAAAUGGCUUGUGUCAAGUGAGGAUGAGGAUAAUGACAGUACUGCUGGAGACCUAAAGUUUCCCACUGAGGACGUAGACGACUCCGACGUUGGCGGGCUUGAGGAAAAUGUGUCUACAGUGGAAGAGAUCAUUGGCAUCUCCAUGCCGGACUUGAGAGUGCCUCCAGCCCCUACAUUGACAGAAGGCAACGUGCUGAGAGCAUCGCGUUAUGACAACCUUGAUGCGGUGUCGGUAGCUGAGAGUGUGGCUACUGAUGGCAGCAGCAAGAACAACCAUGGUGAAGACGAUGCAUUAACAGAGUUCUGUGAACCUUGGGACAGCCUGCGAUGGGAAAGGCUUCUACGAUUGGUGGAGUCUUCCCCGGAUGCCCCGGAAAGCAAGGCUGAAGAGUCAAAGAUGUCCACCGACUCCUUUGAGACAGCCUCGGCAGUCAGUGGUGAGGACUUGCUUCUUUCCGAGUGUCCGACCCUGGCAUUGGAGCAUAAGCGGUCAAGUGGUUUUCAGGAACAUCUGGAUAUGCUUCUAGCUUCGAGGAAAUUGGGAGGUCUGUACAAGAGGGACUCGACAGUGGGCGCCGAUGUUAAGAGUUAUAUAUUCAAAUUGGUGCAAGAAAGGAACACAACCUUUGCCAUGACAAUAGAGAACUUCAUCCAGUGCACACGCGAGAGCAGUGAAACAUCUCCUGCUGUGGUCAUGCGAAAUAUCCGGCAGUUCAUGAGUGGCAUGAAGAACUAUCUGCUCAAGCAUGGAGAAGGCCAGUUCGAGCAACUGGUGCAAGAAGAACAGUCCAAGCUGAAACCAGAUGAGUUCAUGAACAUUGAUGCAAUCAUCGAAGUGUCGCUGCAUCGCCUGGUCAUCAAGCCUCUGCGGCGAUACCUGUACCAGCUUUUUGUCAAGCAAUACACACAGUCUGGUGCGUUGAAGCUGCUUUCGGACAGCAUGAAGUAUGCCCGCACCAAAACACCUCAGGAGCUUGGAAUAAAGAGUGACUUCGAGCCACCACGGGGCGUCACACUGGAGCUUGUGCAGCAUUUCCUGGUCAAGCUGCAGAAGGCGUACUCACCACUGAGGAAGCUGGAGAAUCUGCUGUCAGCCAUAUCUGUCAUAUAUAGCAGUGUGCAGAGGGACCGCAAGUCGCAACCUGAGGGCGAGUCUUUUUCAUUGGGUGCGGAUGACUUCCUGCCCAUCUUUCUGCACGUUCUGGUACAAUGUGGCCUGGUGUCAGCUGAAGUGGAAGCCGACUACAUGUGGGGGCUGUUGCACCCUUCUCUGCUCACCGGUGAAGGUGGCUACUACCUCACCACCCUGAGCAGUGCCGUGCACGUUCUCAAGUCUUUGCGUGACAGUGAGGACCAGCCUGGUGCUGCUGAUGCUGUGACCACACCCCCGCAGUCUACCGAAGGUUCUUCCUGCAAGGAGGCCUCUGCCCAGCCACCUUUGUUUCGCUACCCUCGAAUGGCUGACCUCCAGGGCUUCAUGCAGAUUGUCAUCCCAGAUGAGCUCAGUGGCAGCAUUGUGGCCAAGACGCUGCCUGUGCUGCCCCACAUGACUGCCAAGGAAGUUCGAAAGAUGAUAGCACACAAGUUCAGGGUCACAAAUCCCGAAGAUUAUGGCCUAUUCAAGCUAGUCAAAGGAGAAGAGACACAGUUGACUGACAACGACUGUCCUCAGGCUAUCAAGGCAGACCUUCUCACGAGUGGUGUUGAGUGCCGCUUUGCUUACAAGCGCUACGAUGUCAAGUUUGUGUGGCCGUUCAGUGACAAGUCAGCUUGACCCAUCGUUUGGUCGACCAGGUCUGCGGGCCUUUGGAGUGCUUCCGAACAAAACUCUCCAGCAUUGCACAUUUUGCUAUUGUGGACUUGCAAUGUGCUCUCGCGUUUGGCUUAUUUGGUGGUAGAUUGUUUGCUCAGCCAGGAAAAAAAAAAAAAAAGACAGAAGUGCACAGGCUGCAGAAUUAUUUGUUUGUGUCCCCCGGUUAUUGGGAUGCAUGAGCUUAUCAUUCCUAGUUGAGAACAGAGCUUGACGUGAAAUAAUGUUCUCGAGGUACGGGUGUACAAUAUUUCAAAUCAAGCAAGACACAUCAUGCAUUCAAAAUUAUGCUCUGUGUGGUCCCUUAGUGGGCUGGCUAGUUGCCCACUUUGUUAGGCCAACACUCCAAGAUGUUUUCACUGCAUGAGAAAAAUUUUGUAAUGCUUGUUUUUAUCAUGUUUUCUGUCCCCAUAUGAACCACUCUUCCUUAUAACAAAGAGGUUUGAGCCUGCAGAGGGAAACAAGCCUGCAGAGGGAAAAUUAUAGAUUUAAAUUUAUGGUACAUGGCCUGCUUUGCUGCCUGUUCCCCCCCAAGUGUCGUAAACAGGCUUUAUUGUUGAGGCUACAACUUUUUGGUUGGGAGGACGCUGCUGUGCAGGCAUAUAUUGUGACAAGGAAGUGCAAAGUAGUGUUUCAUACUUUACUACGACAUCGAGAUGAAUUAACACAGGGUAUGUAGGCUUGCGGUUCAAAUACUCAUGUAUGCAGUUAGACUUAAGAAAUAUUACAGUUAAACCUUGAUACUAUAACGAAGUCACAAAAAUCAUCACAUAGCUUCGUUACAUCGAAAUGCCGUAUAUUUUUGUGUAAGGACGAUAACCCUUGUACUGGCCACACCCCAAGAUGUGGGCCUGAAUAACUCGGGAAACUCGGGGGAAAAAAAAUAUGUAACAAAUUAUCUGUACAUGAGCUGCAUUCCUCUUUCCUGAGAAUACACCAUGCCAGUUGCAACAGGUAGCACAUACCGCACUAUCCCUGUGCUGCAUCAACCUGAUGCAUAGAGGUGUCUCAGUCUGUUCUAUGGUUGUUUCUGCAGUUGAUAGUCUAUAGGCUGGAAGCUCAGAGACUUAAGUGUUGGCAACACCACGAAAUUUUUUUCCCAGAUGACUUGCAGCUUGUCCUAUCACGCUUUCCACCCAUGCUGUUUGUAAGAGACAGCUCUUGCAGCUGCACACCAUCCUGAGCCUCAUGUGCGCCAAACGCUUCAUGCAUAAUUUGUAUGCACUGUGAAAAGUAAGAGAGUGUUACCAACUGCAACAUUCCGUACACAUUUUGCAUGAAAACCUCUGUAGCUUUUCUAAAUCCUGCAGCCCCUUCACCUUUGAACAGCACUUCGCUGAUGCGGUGCAUAAAGGUGUUUUUGUUUCCUUUUUGACUGUGUCCGUAGUUGAUUGAAGCUCGAGUGAAGUCGUUUGAAGCUAGUUCAGAGUGAAGCUCAUUGACUAAGUAUCAUCAAAAUUCGUAUCCCUGUGGCCUCCGGUGUGUCCUGUCAUGUACGUUCAUACAGCAUAUGUAUACUGCUUUCCGUAGGAAGCGCCUGUCACUGCAUUUUACACUAACCAUCACGCACGGGCUCUGCGCUUUAUGAGCACUCUACAUGUUUGCGCCAUGAGCCUUCAUCACUUACGCACUACCUGAAGCGUACGUAAGCACUAUCAAGUAAAACGCUUGUUUCACUUCUCGCUUGAAGACUGCAGUAGCUUUUUAUUGCACAAACUUGCAGGCUAUGCAAUGUCAGAGCUUGCAUCUGAAAAUGGCAUUACCUUGUAAUACUAUCGUAGUACAUCAGCAAAGAACCGUAUGCAAAUAAAUCGUUUAGGCACUGGCACUCGCAAUACGGUUUCCAUUUAAUGCCUCGCUCAUUUGAGACUGAAGUCAAGUAUUGAAACUGCAGAUAAACACACUUGCAUUAUCUUAAAACUAAAAAUGCAUGGCUUUCUAUGAACAAUGUUUUAUAAAAAGUAAAAAUUAGUCAUUACAUCAAGAAUUUUUAUGCAUUGAAACUCGUUACAUUCAGGUAUAACUGUGCCUGUGAAGCCGCAAAUACAGCUUUUGACCAUUCUAUGUACUACCACUAGUGUCAGGCAUGAAAAGGUUUUACUGCAUUAGGCUCUCAAACAAGGUGUAACUGCAGCAGUUCUUUGGCAAUCCGCACUACUCAUUAUUAGCAGCCUUUAAGCACAAACACAAGAAAGUUGCUACAACGAAAUUGCGCAAAGAAGGCCUGCAAUUGUGCAAGGCUGUUUUUUUUUUUUUUGUGGCACAUACAGGGUGUUUUUCUCUUCUUUACAAAAAAACAACAACAAAAAAAGACUACUUUAUCUCGAUUCAAUGUUCAUGGCUGUGUUAGUAAAAGUGAUGGCCAUCAAGAAAGAGAGUAGGUUGUGAUACUUCGCUGUUGCCAGAGAUUAGUUUCCAGUUUCAUUGUCUUAAUAGCCCAUUUUGUGUAAUAUUCACCUGUUCAGCUAAUCUCAGUGCUUUGUAACAUAAUCAAGAAAUGGAAGCUGCAUGUCUCGUAAAUGAGCAGUUACUCAGCUUGGGUGUUUAUGUAAAGAAGUUGGUUUUAAUUGGUUGUGAGAUGUUGAAUUAACAUAGGUUCUUUUAAGAAACACCUCUGGAAGUUUGUCUAGCUGUACUAGUUGUGCACGACUGCUUGAAAAGAACACUGGGUACGUCUCAUUUAUGAAGUACGUAAUAUGAAGAUGCUCUGAGGAAGCUGUAGGCAAUUAAGUUUUUCUGCUUGAACCUUUCUCAGCCUCAUUAAUCCAAACUUGUUUCAUCUUGAACCAUUGCAAAGGGUCUGGCUUCUCACCUGGAAUGUGGGUGUAAUGUCUCUUGUCAUCUGAGGUGUAUAAUAGUUGAUGUGUCAUGUUUAUUUGGUAAUUGUUAUCUUAGUUAGCAGCUUGGAAGUCUGCUUCCAACUACAUUAUUUUUUGCAUGUCCUUGAAAACACCAACAAAAUUCAUAAUUCAUUUCAUCCUCUCAUUGGUAGAACAUAUAAGCAACUUCAUAAGGAAGACACUGAGUAAUAAUAAAUUGCAGCUUUUCUUUAUGAAUUUUCUUUUACAACUUCUCCUCCUGUACAUUUUAAAAACAGGAGGGAGUACCACAGUCACCAGCAUAGCCACAGCAAGCUGAAUUCAGCAAUGCACACAUAGUCAACAUUGUGACAUUUUGUUUCAAUCACCUUGAGUGAAAAUUUAGUGAGCUGAAAUGAUUUAGGGAAGUGACAAUGUAAGAAAAAGAACUUGCGUACAGUGUGAAAAUAUAUAAUCAUUCAGGGUAGGUGAACUUGCACGCAACAACGAAACCAAGCAGGAAUUUUGGGUGAUGAAUGCUAGAUGCUGCCAUGCUAAUUCUCUUUUUUUCUAAGCCAAAUUGUGUGCUUAGAAAAGAAGAGUAAAAUCUGAUAGUGCUUAGUAAAGUGUGUCUCUAGCGCUUUGCGUGUUGUGCUGUCUUUUGUGUAAAUAAGUUGUCAUCCUGAAGCUGCAUUUGUAGCAUUUUGCACUUUUACAGAGCUGAUGGCACCAUGUGAGAAUGACAUACCUACUUUCCUUGAAUUGUCGACUGGACUGCUGAUGGUUGUGUAUGCAAGGCUUCAUUCAGCAAAGUAACCGUAACAUGGUACAGACUUGGCUGCUAUAAUGGCUGUUGACACAAGCUAAAUUGUACUUUGUUGGCUACAGUAAGCUGACCAUCAAGGAAUGUAACUCGCCAUUAAAAGAAGGUGCGUGUGAGCCAAGGAUUAUGUAGAAGUGCAAAAUGCCACAAAGUGAAAGCAAAGCCUUCACAUUUUGGCGUGAUGGAGAAUUGUUCUCAGCGUAGAUGUCUAUGCAGACCCCAGGGCAGCUCAUUAAAAUGCCUGUCACUGGCAGUCUGUCUUUGCUCCACUGAAGUACUAUCUACUGUCCGAAAAGCAGUGAAACCCUUUGAAAACGUUCAACUUCUUUGCCCACCAUCAAACAGUUGCUAUUGAUGCUAGUAGCACCCCAUCUUUGUAACCUCAUGGAGUACAGGAGCUCUACAAGCCUAAGACUGGGUUUACACUAAAUGUUGGUGUUUGUUUAAGCUAUAUCUGCAUGCUUGCCGUCCAAUAGCAAAUUACAUGCUGUAUUUCAUUGUCAUGGGUGCUCUUGAUAACUGCUGGCUGAAUGCACUUAAGACGGCAGUGUUGUAGCAGUUCAUAUAAGUGUCUAGUCCGUUAGCGUGUAGCAUCUGGUGUAUAUGCAAAUGACGACCGUCCCACUUUGGAAAGAAAACUGACUGUUUAUUUUAUGUAUGUGACCAUUUCGUUGCUUCUGGAGAUUACAGUUGUCUACUAUGGUAUACUUGAACAGGUAACUGACGUUACAAAUUAAGCAAUGUGUUUUUCGGAUCAUAUGUAGUGCAGGUGUUUUGCGAAACUGGUGCCUUAGGCAUCUGGAGCCUGGAACGGACUUGAAAUAACUUGCAUGCUCUAUUUUGAUACAAGGGCCAUAAUGCACUCACAUAUGGUUCAGAUGGUUUCCACCAAGUCACACUUUUAGCAUAGGUGAAAAUACCUUCCAACUAGAGUUUCAUACCCUCAAUGUCUUUAUUCCACGGAAAUUAGUUUCGUUCAUAUGUCAGUGUCCUGCUGGGGAAUGUUUGGUGGAAGUGCAGUUUUUUUUUUUUUUUUUAUCUCCUUCAGCAAAAGGUGUUGUCUAGUUUUUAUUUUUCACGCUAUAACUUAACAUAAGAAAUUAUACAAUGAAUCAUUAUCAUUUUCACACACUGUGCACCAGCAUUGCUAAAAGUGUUCUGUGUUUUUGUGAAUUGAUUUUUAGAAACCUUAACAUUGCAGAUUAUAUGUACAUAAUAUCCAUAACAAUUGCUUCUUUCAGUAAACGGUUGUUUUAAGAUUUUUUGCCAAGCUUGCUUGUGCAUGCAGCGGCCUGUACGCAGUACAUUGUGAUUUUUUUGCUAGGUGUGUGGAUAGCAGUGUGCUGGCAUUGCUACAAAGUAGAAGAUUAAUGUUAAUUGUUUAAGUACCAUGAACGAUCUGCCCACAACACUGUUUGUACCCCUCACUCUGAGGACUUGGCUAAAAACAAAGUCGAGCCGGAAAAGCAAUUGUUCUUUACCAAAACUUUGUAUUGAAAAAUACUAUACCAGGCAACAGUUAAGACUGACAAUCAGCAACUGGUGCCUCAAAUUCACAUCGUCCAGGUUGUGGCUGCACCCAAAACUUGGCACCAAGCAGCGGAUUACUCAGUACUCAUGAUAUAGAUGCAGAAGUGUGAGCUUGUGCUCACAUGGCAACAGUACAGCAACAGAGUUGUAUUUUUGUUUUUAGUUUUUAGAUUAUGAUGGUGAGUGCCUUCUCAAUGUGCACACAACUUGAUUAAAAUCGACUUGAGAGCCAACUGCAUGACUUCAGUUCACUGGUGUGCCUUUGGUUACUGGGGAAGCUAUCUUGAGUGCCAGCUCACGAAAUGUCUUAAAAUUUGGUAAAGAGCCCCUGAAAUAACAGCAGAAAUGACAAUGUCCAAGAGUGCCUUCCUGUAUAGCAAGGCAUCAAGCCAGACAACAAUUGUAAGUCAAGUUAUCGCUGACAGCAAUCAAUUAAAGAGUACAGCCGUAGUAUAACAUAAACAUUGAUCUGCCCACUAUACAGUGGACUUCCUCCUUUCAGAAGCAAGUACAUGCAUACCUUCCAAGCCUUCGAGUUUCCACAUACUUUCUGUAAAUUUUCAGCAAAUUGGGGGGCAGGAUACUUUAUAAGUGUGACAAACUGGCAUGCAAGCCUGCUUUGUUUGCCAUGUUCAAUUAGCAUGAGCAAGUUUGGCUUAAGAACUGCAGCAUAUUCCUGAUUCCCAAAGCAGUAUGUGUUCUUGACAAUUAUUGUCAACAACUUAUACUGCUUUGGGAAUUGAAGCUAUUUGCUGCGUUUCCUAUCACACACAUAGUCGUCAUGAGCAAGUCUAAAUUGUGUCUCGAGCACUAUAGCAUGUAGAAUGAGUUGGAUGAGCAGGAAUUAUUUUACUAGAGUGAAAAAAUGUGUAAUAUGUUGCUGAUCAUGCUGAAUUUUUCUGUAGCGCCUGUAGUGGGGAAUCGAUUGUUGCACGCCUAACGAUUUAAUAAGUGCUUGACAGUUUUUGGAAGUUGUGCUUCUAAUUGAGCACUUAUGGGAGGCUUGUCUAUUUUUAAUGCUUCUGCUGUACAAAACAUGUCCGUGGUAGACCAGUAUCAGUAUGAAAUUGCAUGAGUGCUACCUCACUGAUGUGGGGGAAAGGCUGUGUGCCAUGUUUAAUACCAUUGCAGGAAAAACAUGAUGCAAGCUUGUUGCUCUUGGUGUCUGUCAGUGUGCAAUUUGCUUUAUGUGUAUGGUGAGCAGACUUUUUUGGAUUAUCUAGGGGGAAAGGAUAGAGAUAUAUAGGAGCGGGGGUGGUUACUCUAUCAUACGCUUAGAUGUGGAGCCUUGGGACUUCGCAAUGAGUGUAGCUUGGCAAACAUUUUCUCUCUUCUUUAUAUACAUUGCUUCCAGCACAGACGUGAUAUUUGGAACUGGCUGUGUGUAUGCAAGCAGGCACCAGAUUUAUUUUGUAGACGAGACAGAAGUGUUCUGUUUCGAAUUUACCUUUGCCCUCUGCAUUACCAUAAACUGGCUGGUGAAGUUAAAUUUGAUGCUUUGGCUGUACACAGGCUGGUGCCAGUGCUGUCUAAAUGUUUGAAGUAGGCCAUGUAAAUUUUUGCAUUCCUUUGCCAAGGUCAGUUUAACAAGAUCGCAUUGAUAGUUUACUUGCAGCAUUGAGUGCCAGCGCAUAUGUUUUCCAAUUACGAGCCUCUCUCACUGGUACAGCUUGGUCCAAGCCGUGAGGAUGAAAGUACAGCACACAUGAAACCAGGAUAUGUUAUACCUAUAUCAGCCUGUCUGGUCACUUUACAGAUAUGCAACUGCUAAUCGUCCUGCUGGCCAUGGCGUAUUCUGUUCUGUGAUUUCAUAUUUUAUUGAUAACCGUUUUAGCAUAACUUGCACUGGUGAUCUGUUCAGGUGUAUCUCACUUUUGUCCUGUUCUGUGUUUCAUGCUUAGAAAUGGUGCAUGUAAUUAAACAAGCGUACUCGUAAAUACUCUACUGUGCUGAUGUAUAGGCUGCCUUCCUUGUGUCAACUUUUUCUGUGAUCGACAAAGCCGAGUGUGAGGUUGUCUUGUACACCUGACAUUUUAAGCCUAUGCAACGUUUUAGGUAUAUGAAGUGUGCUGUACAUGACACUAUUUUUUACAGCUUUUUAUCUUGUAGCUUGUUUGUUUCAUGUGACUGCCGUGUUCAUUGCUGCUAUGCUGCAGCCAUGUCUGUUUCCUGGACAUGGUUUAUUAUGAGCCUCUCAUAGUAUUUACAUGACUCCCGCUACCUUGCGUUUUGUGAAUUUGUUGUUUUGACACCAACAUUUCUCUCUGCUUUUUGACUGCCGUGACUGGGCUGGAUUGGCUGUAAUUUUGGCAGUGGUGUUCUUGUUUGCAGGCGAACAAGCUAAGGUUACAAUGAAUAUAUUGGUGGGCAUCACUUCAGUGCCUGAAUAAACUUCCUCGGGCAAA